GAACAUUGUUUACCGUGUUAAAUUUUGGCAUCGCUAGACUCUAUAAACACUAUUACUAAUAAUAGUAAUAUAACUAAAAGUGAUGCUUCACAUGGAAAUCACGUAGGGAUUGAGCUCGCGAGUAUAAGUCUGUCAUGGCGUUCUCACCGCUGGACAACCUCCGGAGUUUUGCAACUUCACGACCUCCACUGGUCGUAUUCAUGAUUUGCCUUCUGGGCUUUGCUGUCACCACAAUGACACUUGCCUACUACGUGAGAAGCAACGAGCUUCGUAAUACAGACAUUGUGGACUGGAACAUGUUUCUCGACAAGUUUGCGUCAGUCAAAUUCUGUAUCCAUGGCGAUACGGCUGAGAGUAGCACCGUCACAGUACCAAUGCCUGAAGUGAGACCUUCACUGGUUAACCGUAAAAAGAUGUUGAGUGCGCCUUUUCCGGCUAAUGCGUCAGUGCCAGUAGAUGCGUCUGCUCAUGUAUACCAUACGGCGGAAGACAUGAGAAACUAUUCUGUGUCAGUGCCAAUGGUGAUAGGAUCCCAGCUGAUACGUAGUCUGCAAAAUGUUACACACAUGAGUGCGACGUUAAAUGGUCUCAUGCUAGGCAUUAGAGGCGAUGCAGCUAGAGAUAACAUCAGUGUCGUAUUUGAACUACCCAGUGAGAGAAACUACAGCCACUUGUCCAGUGACCAGAUGAUGACAUGUGUGGUGUUCCAGGCACCUGCUAAUGUAUUUCCUAUGACGAGGGCACCUGAAGGUUGCUGGAACCAGUCACAGUCAGAGGCACAGUUACAGCGUCACCUGCCUAUACAAGGUUACAAGGAGACGUUCUUCAUUGAUAGAGCCUUCUGUGCAAACGGAACUAAAGUAUUUGUGCAAUACACGUCCAACCCACAUCUGACACUAAUGCUGACAAUGUCGGACAGGUCAAUGAUUAACCUGCAUCUAAUGCACACCAGCUAUUUCCUUUUUCUGAUGGCAAUGACGAUGAUGGCGUAUGCACUACUGAAGAACAGUCCCAAGCUGAAGCCUUCGAUGCAUGAAAAGCUCGCACUUGAUGCCUAAUGAGCUAACCCACAAAGCAUCGCCAAAGAAGAAGCUGGACGUAAGAAAAGGCUAACGAUGGAGAGACGAUGACCACACGAUGUGGCUGUCUUCACUCUUUCUUCUGAUCCUACUUUACUCACGUUUUUAUCUCAUGUGUAUUUUUUGUUGCUUUACAUUGUUAAUCUGCAAUUUGCGAGGAGGUCGGUGCAUGUGCUAUUUUUUAGACAGAUAAACCAGCGGAUGCUGUUCUCGAAAACGUUGGGCAGUGGCUAUGAUAUCGGGCGGACAGGUUGCAAUAUAUACUACGUCAUGCAGCGAGUGUUGUCGUAGGAAAUUUCUAUUCGUAUUUGAUGAUUUGUCAGCCAUGUCAGUGUGCCCUGUAUUGUUCUCUGUGAUUGUGACAUCUAGUUUGGACUCCCUGCAGCAGGUCGUUGCACCAACUUGCACUCGUGGAACUAAACCGUGAAGGGAAGGCCGCGGCGUAGUGUGGCUCAUAGGGUCUAUGUCCACCAGGGUACUGCCAGAACGUACCCUGGGUACGGUCCGGUAUACCGGAACGUA